AUGCCAUCUAAAAAAAUCAAGUUCAUCAACAAACCAAAGGAUACGAGAUCUCCCUACCCUGGUCAGGACAACAUCGACCCACGAGUCAUCCAAACCUCUUCUCCUACUCCCCAAACCAACCAACGUCCAAAAAGGGCAAGAGUUCAAUCCAUCCGAUAUAACGAAGCUGAGUACUUCACCAGCUUGGAUAUCGAAGACCCAAUCCCAUCAAAGCGCCCUCGAAACUCUUCACCUUCUUCGUCUUCCAUAUCAUCAGGAUAUGAAAGCGAAUACAAACCUCCUUCGUCCUCCUGUCCUGACCCCGCUUCGGACGUUGGUCUCUCAGCACCUACGAGCCCCUCCCUCCCAAUGGAACUAGACUCACCACCUCCGUCAUCACCGCCAAGAAGGUUUGACAGGAUCGGCAAAACCAUCUCUGGCAGAGCACCGACUUCAACAUCCCAACGAGGGAAAGAAGAAACAGUUACACCAUCGUUAAGACCGGACAUUGAGUUGAUCGAUUGGAUCUUUUUGGCGGAAGAUUCGUCUUCGGAAUCUGAGGGCUGGGAAGAUUCUGAGGCAGAUGAGGUAGAAGAGUUCUUUGGGGUAACAACCAAUUUCCCGUCUACACCACGUAAAAUGGUGAAGACAAGAACGGGAAGGAAGGCUCAUCCUAGCCCGCACAAGGACAUAUCACCUAUCAAGUUGUUCAAGCCACAAGCUACAUAUACGAGGUGUUUUUCCGAAGAAACGACGGAGUCCUUGAUUCGGCUGCAUGGUUCUUCUUUUGGUGCUCUCGAUGUUAUAGAGAGGGUCAUACGAGCGUGGGAGACAUACCUGGACUACCGUUUGGAGGAUGGGUCGGAAGCCGAAGCUUUGAGGUUACUAGGAAAGGUAGAAACGAAACAUGGUAAGGAUGCCAUCAGAGACAUACGAUCGAGACAUCAGACCAAGCACUCUGUUCCAGUUCAACAGAAAAUUUCCACCUUCUUGACAGGAGCAGGGCCAUCGGUUGCUCGGCAUGUGUAA